UGGACAAAUGAUUGAGUGAGUUUUGGGUCUUGAUUAAUAGACUUAGUUUUAUGUAUUGUGAUAACAUCUAAUGUAUGCUAUAAAAAUUUCUUGAAAUAACAGUGAUGAUUGUUUCAAGAACUACUGGAACAGUUCUUAAAGCAUUGCCAAGCUUACAGCGGUUAGAUGUUUCAUUUAUAAGAAAUUUGUCUUGUGAGCUAAAAGAUGUAACUGGCGCAAAGAUCAGUGAACAUGCCAAAAAAGUCAAAGAAUUUCGAGGUUUUUAUGGAAGUAAGGUUGUUGGUGAAGUUACUGUAGAUAUGAUCUAUGGUGGUAUGAGAGGAAUAAAAGCAUUGGCUACUGAAACCUCUUAUUUGGACCCUGAAGAAGGUAUUAGGUUCAGAGGUUAUUCAAUUCCUGAAUGUCGAGAUCUUUUACCAAAAGCACCCGGUGGUCAAGAACCUUUACCAGAAGGAUUAUUCUGGCUUUUAUUGACUGGUGAAGUGCCAACAGAAAACCAAGUAAAGAAUCUAUCAAAGGAAUGGGCAGCUCAUGCAGAUUUACCUGCUCAUGUAGUAACAAUGUUAAAUAAUUUCCCAGCUCAUCUUCAUCCAAUGUCUCAAUUUGCUGCGGCUAUUACUGCUUGUAAUACUGAAUCUGCUUUUGCUAAAGCAUACUCUGAAGGUGUUCACAAAUCAAAGUACUGGGAAUACACUUUUGACGAUGCAAUGAGUUUAAUCGCUAAACUGCCAACAAUUGCUGCCACUAUUUACCGAAAUCUUUAUAGAGAUGGUUCAUCAAUAGGUGCUAUUGAUCCCAACAAGGAUUGGUCAGCUAAUUUCGUUGAUAUGUUAGGAUUCAAGGAUGAAAAACUUACUGAUUUUAUAAGAUUAUUCCUCACUAUUCUUAGUGACCAUGAAGGUGGAAAUGUCUGUGCUCAUGCCGUUCAUCUAGUUGGUAGUGGUCUAUCGAGUCCAUACCUUUCAUUUGCCGCGGGUAUGUGUGGCUUAGCUGGACCACUUCAUGGUCUUGCCAACCAAGAAGUUUUGGUUUUUAUUACCAAAAUGCAACAACAAUUGGGUGAUAACCCAACUGAAGCACAAAUUUCCGAUUUCUGUCGCAAAACUCUUAAAUCGGGACAGGUUAUUCCUGGUUAUGGUCACGCAGUUUUACGUAAAACUGAUCCUCGGUACACAGCGCAGCGAGAAUUCUGUUUAAAACAUUUACCAGACUAUCCAAUGUUUAAAUUAGUGUCUGAAAUGUAUAAAGUUGUUCCUCCUAUUCUCAUGGAGACUGGAAAAGUAAAAAACCCUUGGCCAAAUGUUGACGCUCACAGUGGUGUUGUCCUUCAGUAUUAUGGAUUAAGAGAGAUGAAUUUUUAUCCCGUUAUAAUUGGCGUAUCGCGAGCACUUGGGGUUAUGGCAUCACUUGUUUGGGAUCGAGGUCUUUCUUUACCAAUCGAGUAUUGUAAAUCAAUGACAAGCUCAGUUUUGAUGAAAAUGUCUGGUGUAUCCUAAUUGAAUUGCUUCAUGUUCAAUUCAGUUUAUUCUGGCAGAUGCAAUUGUAAAGAAAUGAAAUUCAACUCAGUGUAUUUUAUACCCUUCAAGAGCUAAUAUUGAGCUGUAAAGUUCUAUUUUCCUAAUGAAUCAGGCACUAAUCAUGUAGUUAUCAUGCACAUAAUUGUGAACUAUAAAGCUUUAUUCACGAAAAUUAAUAAAAAUGUCGAUUUUCAUUUUUGUA